CGCUCCCCACGGCGCAUGCGCCUUGGGGCCGCGCAUGCGUUCCCCGCCGCUCCGUCCUCCGCCGCGGCGGCUCUCUCAGGGCCCGGCUCCUUUUGUAACGGCGGAGCGGGCGGCGCUAAGGCCCGGCGGCGGCCUCCGCUCCCACGCCGGGGGGUCUCGCCCUCCUCCGCGCCUCCCUUUCCCCCCCCCACGCCCACCCGCCCACCUCCCCGCCCGCGGGAGCCAAAGAAAGAGCAAUGGCGGCGCGUUAGCGAGGCGUCCUCGGCGCGGCCCGGCGGCUGCGGACCUUCCCCGCCCAGUGCCGACCGCGGCGGAUGCGCGCCUCGCCUCAGGCCCCGGCGGGAGCCUAGCGGGGCCCCGGCGGCCGCCUCCGCUUCUCCUCCUCCUCCUCCUCCUCCUCCUGCUGCGGGCGCGGGGGAGGGCGGGCAGCUCGGGGCGCCCCGCUCCCCUCAGCCCCGCGGCGCGGCGGCCAUGGCCACCGAGCUGGAGCCGCCGGCGGCUGGCGCCGUGCCGGGCGCGGCUCCGCUGGAGGCGGAGGAGGACGAGGAGCACUGGCUCUACGGGGAUGACACCACUGGUAAGCAAGAAGAUGGACCAAUUUCUGGACACACAGAAUCUUCUCAUCCUUUGCAAGAUGCUCCUCAGGAGAACCGGCCUGUCAGCAAUGAAGACCGAGAGAUGUCGCAACAUGCCCUUCCAAGUGGUGAAGAUGAUGAAGAUGACAGUGAUAGCGACAGCGAUGAUGAUGACGUGAAAGUUACUAUUGGCAACAUUAAAACGGGAGCACCAUCGUACAUGGGAACUCCUAUGAAUCUAAACUUAAAAACGGGUAGAGGCUAUGGAGCAUCUGCUUCAGCCAAGUUGCAGCCCAAAGGUAUUGACUUGGAUGCCGCAGGGAAUAUAAAUGGAUUGCCUGUUAUAGAAGUGGAUUUAGAUUCAUUUGAAGACAAACCGUGGAGGAAACCAGGUGCUGAUCUUUCUGAUUACUUUAAUUAUGGAUUCAAUGAAGAAACAUGGAAAGCUUAUUGUGAAAAGCAGCGACGGCUUCAGCUUGGACUGGAUCCUGCUCCUCCCAUCAGCACUGAAAAUAAGAUCACAGUUCAGCAAGGAAGAACAGGAAAUGCUGAAAAAGAAGUGGAAAACAACAUCAUCAAAACAGAAUUCAAAACAGACUUCUUGGCUCUGGUGGGAGGGCGCAUGAAGGCUGGGCCUCCUCCUAAUAGGAAGCUGGGUGGAACAAUUGAUGUGAUCGGUGGCCAGGCAGGCACAAUUAGGAGAGUAGAAGGAAGACGUCGUGAUAAGCAUGCCUCUGAGGAAAACCCAAUUCAGGUCCUUGGAGACCACGGAAGUAAGCCACAACCCCCACAGCAGCCCCAGCAGCCAUCACAGCCCCAACAGCCACCUCAGCAACAGCCGUUUGCACCACCAGCAGGCCCACCGCCUCCCCCGCUCGCUGGGCCACCUCCACCACACUUCCUCCACCCUCCUCCACCAGUUACUUCUGUUCCACCUCCCCUGCAUCCUCCAGGUCUGCCACCACCCGGUCCUAUUCCAGGGUUGUUCCCGCCUCCUCUGGCACCACCACCAGCUCUCCUCAUUCCAACCUUGGAUGGCCAGCCAGCCAGCUACAAUAACAGGCAGCCUCCUCCGUUUGGCUACAACUCUGCAGAUUCAGGUUUCAUCAGCUACCCACCCAUCUCCACGUCCCACACGCCCUGGGUGACGACGGUGGACAAAGGCACAAGCAGUUCCAGCAGCAGCCAUUGGGAGUACUCAGGCUCGAGGCGUGAGAGGGAGCGGGAGCGUGAGCGGGAAAGGGAAAGGGAGAGAGACAGAGACCGCACUCCGACCACUAGUGAAUACAACAAUGAUGAUGAACGAUACCGCUACUACAGCCGAGAGCGCAGCUACGACUUUGAGCGUGACUACCGCCGGAGUCGAGAUCGCAGCAGGGAGCGAGAGGAUCGACACCGAGAGCGCAGGCACAGAGACAAAGAGGAGAGCAGCAAGCAUAAGUCAUCAAGACGCAAGCAGCAUGAGAGCGAGGAGGGGGAGAGUCAUCGGCGUCACAAGCACAAAAAGAACAAGCGUAGCAAAGAGGAGAAGGAGGCCAGUGAAGAUGGUGCCCAGGAGGGAGAGGAGCAGGAUGCCAAGGAGUAACCCAGGCCCACUGUCAGCCAUCGGGAGGAACUUACUCCUUUUGAACCAGCGUGGCAUUGGUGAUGUUUUGUUUCGGGGGGUUGAUUUUUUUUUAUUUUUUUUUUUUCUUUCCAAGGGAAGAGAGGCUGACUCUGGGUGAGCAGUGAAGCAUGUUGCAGUGGUUUGAGAGCUGAGGCUGCACAUGCAGUUAAACUUUUUUUUUUUUUUUUUUUGAUACGAGACAAAAUACAGCAGUACUAGUAUACAAAGCACUGAGCUACUCUACUCAUAAACAUCCCUAGGGAGAACUUUGUUGUAUCAGAUCCUAUGGUUUCUGAUGGAAGAUGGCUUCAGCUGAAACUAAUGCAUUUAGGUAAUAGUUUUUGUUUAUUUUUUUGUCAUCAUCAUUCCUUUUUGAAAAAUAGGACAGUAAGUGUGACUUGAAAUUUAUUGUCCAAAGAAGAGUGUGAUUUAGAUCCUGAGAGCCAGCUUAGAGUCUGGCCUCUAGUAGUGAAAAGUCUCAUCCCGAAAUAAAUUUCUUUGUAGCUACAAAAAUACCUUCUGAUCUCUCUGUGGCCAGCCGGGCAGCAUGUGAGGAGGAACUGCUUUUACUGGUGGGUCACAGGGUCCUGCUUUGGUCUGAUGGCUUUGAGAAGCUGUCAUGUGUGUUUACGCAGGGUGUGCAAAGACUUCAAGCCUACCUUUUCUUUUUAUCCAUUGCAAAAAUAGUUCUAUCAUAUAUAUCACCUGAAAGUGGGAAAUCAGUGGAAGACCCACAGUAAGAGCAUGAGUCUCUCUUUUAUUAGUUUUGACUAACUUUUUUUUUAAGAGUUGAGCUAAAUAGUCUAGCGCAGUAGAGAACAUGAAGUCCCAUCUAGCGGUUUGCCCUCAUGGGGUUGGCUUAUUUCUAUUUGGUUAUCACCAACACUCCUGUGCAAUGCAUUCCUUCCCCCUAGAUCUCGAAAUAAAUUCAGUCAAAUUCCAAA